CAGUUUAACAGUCGAUAGUCUCUGAUCAAUGGUCAUUUGCUCUUUUCCUUUCGUCGUUGACGGUCCUGUCUUCUUCGAGCUCUAUCGUGUACGUGUCUACUACGAAUAUUAAGCAGCAAUCCAGAAUUUUUGUAUUCAAAACAUAAUUAUUACAAAGGUAUCUCUAGAACCCUUAAAUUAAGACGAAAUAAUGGCUAAUAAGCAAUCUUCCAAAAUGCAAUCGGAAAAUAAGGAUAUAGCAGUACCUUCAUCAAGUGCUACAAGUACAUCUAAACUACCACGGCUAAGAGUACUAUCUCUUUUCGACGGAAUUGGUACAGGGUAUUAUUCAUUAAAAGAACUAGGAUUUGAUAUUGAAGUAUUUUAUGCAAGUGAAAUAGAUAAAGAUGCAUUAAUGUUAACUAGAUAUCAUUUUUCUGACGGCAUUACUCAAUUAGGCUCAGUUACUGAAAUAACCAAUGAAACGUUGGACAAAAUCGGACCGAUUAAUUUGCUGUUUGGUGGCUCACCAUGUUCCGACUUAUCUAGUGUCAAUUAUCGAAAAAGAGGCAUUUUUGAUCCAGAUGGUACUGGUAUAUUAUACUUCGAUUUUUACCGUAUAUGGAACUAUCUACAAACAAAAUCCCGUAGAGAAAAUACACCGUUUUAUUGGUUAUUUGAAAAUGUGGCAAGCAUGGAACUUAAGAAUAAAGAAUAUAUUUCAAAAUUCUUCGAAUGUCAACCAAAUGUUAUCGAUUCCUUACACUACAGCCCACAGAGACGGAGAAGGUUUUUUUGGGCCAAUCUCCCAAGUAUAAGACAGCUGUCUUAUACUAGGGAGAUUGGCCUAUUAGGAGAUAACGAACCAAAACUAGAGGAUUAUCUGGAAAAGAAUUUGGAUAGACAGGCUAAUGUAGAAAAAGUUGGGACCAUAACUUCAAAAAGAAGUUGCUUACAAGAUGGUAGAUCUCGGAAUCCUGUUAGUCAAGACGGACAAUUCACGGGGUUAUAUAUAACAGAGAUAGAAGCGAUCUUUGGCUUACCUCCACAUUUUACAGAUGUCGGUGAUCUAUCAAUCCAAAGUCGCCAAAAACUUAUAGGAAGAGCAUGGAGUGUUCAAGUAAUUAAAGAACUAUUAAAAUUACUUGAAAACACAUUUGCUAAAAAAUAAUUAGAUUUGUAUCAAUAAAAAUCUUAAACUAAUACCUGAAAUUGUUUUUAUUAUUAUUACAAUCAAAUGGUAAUAGUUCAAGGUAAAAUUUAACAUCAGUAAUGAUUUUAAUAAAACUAUAUAGAAGUUGAGACUAAAAUUUAGUUCCAAUAAUAUCAAUUCAUUGCUAAAGAAUGUAUAUUUUUGUAAACGUGUUAUUUUUAAUGUAAAUAUUUUAUAAAAAAAAUCAUUAAAUCACCACUGUCAAUAGUAUUAAAUACAUUUUAUAUUUCAUGUUUAA